AUGUCCUCCCACUCUCGCGGCUCAAGGAACACUGAAGAGGCGGGGAGACUGGGAGAGGCGGUGGCGCGGGAACCCAGGGAGAAGCCUGUCACCCCGCAGCCAACCCUCACACCUCUCAACCCUCCCCUUACAAACACCUGCAGUACACUCCCCACCUCUCACACACUCCCCUCACCAUGUACUCUCCCCAACCCCCCUAGCACCUACCCUCAGCACCAAGAACACCACAGCACAGCACAGCACAGCGGCGACCCUCCUCCCGCCACCCACACCCACACGUCCUCUCCACCCACCCUGCCACCCACCACAGUCCUGCCACAGCCCCGCCCUUCCCCCAUCCAUCAAUGA